GAUUGGGGUGGGGGUGGGCAGAGAAGAAGGCGGGUUCGCAAGCAGGAGUUCCGUCCCUGCCCCGCAUUCAUUUUCGCCCACCAUGACCAGUGCGAUCUUGAGGCGGAAUUCCAGCAAACAGGGAUUGCAGAAUCUCAUAAGGUUGACAGCUCAAUGGAGUGUGGAGGAUGAGGAGGAAGCUGCAAGGGAGCGACGUCGAAGGGAACGUGAGAGACAGCUGAGGUCCCAGACAGAAGAUGGCCUCAGCAGCACCUCUGAAGUGGCAGUACAAGAAAUCAGGAUUGAAGGGAAGCCUCCUGGAACCUUAGAACUGGAAGAAGAUGAGGGCUUUAGUGACUGGUCCCAGAAACUUGAACAGCUCAAGCAACGAUCGGGAGGAGAGGGAGCGCAAGAAGCUCACCAAGGGGAAUGCAGACAAGCCCAAGAAGCAGAGCCUAUACAGUGUGAAGAAAGUCCCAGGUCACCAACACGCUCCUACGAAGAAGAAGAAGAAGAGGACAGCAAUCUGAAGGAAGCAGAAGUAAUGCUGGAGCAAGUCAAUCUGGAUCAGGAGGCUCCCAUCUUCAUCCGCUUUGAAACCAGAUCAUCCAAUUUCCUCAAGUUUGUUUCUACUUCAACUUCAGAAGAGUACCCUGGAGCAGAGCUGGAGCAGCAGCAACAGCUUAGGGAAACCUUGGAGCCUGGAGAAGAGAAUCAGCAUGCUGAGGACAAGCUCCAAGAGAACAUUACAGAAGAGAAUAUGCCUGAGGAGGAGGAAGAAAAACAAGAGGAGAAGAAAAGAAGACUAUAUGAGCCUGAAGAGGUCCCAGAAAAACGACAGAGGACCCCAAGUACAUCCAGUCAGGAAGACGAGUAUCAAACUCCGUUAAGCCCAACAUUAAAGAUCAUUGACAGGACUGAAUCUCUGAACCGAUCUGUGCAGAAAAGGUAA